AUGCCAGUCAUCAACGUAGACGAUCUGACAGACAAGGACAAGGCUUUAAUGGAAGUAAACCAACUCAAAAUUGAAGUUAAACUUGAGAGGUGGUUGACAUCUAAAUGCUGCGAGGAAAUCAAGGACUAUAUUCAGGCUGGAGUGGAGGAGGACACCCUCGUCAAAGGCAUUUCAGAGGAGAAGAACCCCUUCAAGGAGAAAGGUGGCUGUGUCAUCUGCUAGACUUUACCUGAGGAGCUUUUCAUAUCUCAGAUUAGCACCCAAGGACAUUCUCCCUCGCAUCAUAAAAUGGAUUUGCAGACUGAGAAGACUAGAGGGACUUAAUAAAGAAAAAAAUAUAUAAAACUUCAAGUUUUCAUGUAAACGAUUCCCCAUCAUCUGGCCAGAUUUGUAGCCUUAUAUUCUUUGAAAAGAUGCAAUAAAUAAGAGUUGUAUUUGGUAAGGAUUAUGUAAUGCUUCUCUGUCAUGUGGUGUAGUCUG